GCUCCAAGACUAUACGAGCGCUAUGACUCAGUAUAUAGAACGAGAUUAUGCCGAAAAGGUAAACGAUAACCACGUUGAUGGACGAAUUUGGUAUCUUCCUGUGAUGUUUAAAUAAAUCAAUGACUUCUUCGUAUUGAUGACUGUUGUAAUUUUGAAUUCCAAAUGCAAUACAUUCGUUCGGGCUCAUCUGAUACUUCUUGAUUAAAUUGGGUUAUUCCUGGGAUUACUAGUUCAUACUACAAUUCAAAUACUUCUAAUUAUCAUAUUGGCGUCGCGAUGGAGCCUGCGAUACAACAGUUGGACAUUCAUUCAACUUCUGAAGCUUGUGAGGAUUACCUUGAAAGGUUUGAGAUAUGGAGCAUGACCAAGAAAGAUAUGAAGGGUGACAAAAUUGUGGCACAUUUUCUUACAUUCAUCGGUCAAGAAGCCUACAGUUUAUUAAAAACCUUGGCAUAUCCAGAUAAGCCGAUUUCACUCCCAUAUACAACUCUCAAGGAAUUACUAUUAAACCAUGUGAAGUGCACCAGUUUUGAGUGUCGUGAGAGAGCAAAAUUUCAUAAGAUGAUUCGUCAGGAUAACCAGAAGGUUAAAGACUUCAUCCUUGAAUUGCAAAGACAAGCUGCCAAAUGCAAUUUUGGUGAUCAGCUUCAUGUACAGUUGAGAGAUCGGUUAAUUGCUGGAAUUAACAUACCAGGUCUGGAAAAGGAGCUGUUAAGAAUGCCGAACUGUUCUUUUCAAGAUGCUAGAACUGCAUGUAUUAACUACGAAGCAGUGAAUGAACUUGAUAUUCAAUCGAUGAAAAUUUCUAAUACUUUGCUUAGUCGUCAUGAUGAAUUACAAUCUCAGGGUCGAUCAAAUUUGCGUUCGUUUAAUCGUGAUUGCUAUUCCCGUGGAAAUAUGAAAGGUGGUUUAACAAGGAACUGCAAAGCAAACAACAAAGGUGAGAAUAAGUUUGGUAAAUGCUUAUCUUGUGGCAAAUUUCAUUUUCGUAAUUCAUGUACAUUUCGUAAUGCUAAAUGUUUUAAAUGUGGCAAGAUAGGACACAUUCAGUCAGUGUGCAAAACUACUGUUCACUUUGCUUCAAGUAUUACUAAGUCUGGUAACUUAGAUCCCAAUAAUUCGGCUGUUCUUGAUGAUCAUUUAUCUUUAUCCACUACUUCAAAAGGGAAUGUUCAUAUUCAAAAGCGAUUAUAUACAUCCCUUGGUUCAUUUCAUGACUUUAUUGUGGACACAGGUAGUAUAGAGUCCAUUAUUUCAUUCAAGAACUUGAAAUCUUUAGAUCCUAAUGUUGUGGUAAAACCCACUGAGGUCUCAAUACUGGGGAUUACUGGACACAGACUACCUAUACGAGGAUGUUGUAAAUUGCUAAUAAGAGAUGAUAAUUCUUCAUACGUACCUUGUGAAUUUUUAGUUAGUGAAACAGGACUGUCCAUACUGGGUUUAAAAAAUCUGAAAAGGCUUAAAGUGGAAUUGUCUCUACUAGUUUCUACAGAGAAUUCUGAUGCUUUACUCAAGGAUUUGAUAGCUGUGUGUGCUAAGUGUAGUGGAGGUAUGAAAAUUCAGCCCAUUAAACUUCAAGUACAGGGUGAUCCGGUCUUUCUUAAAAGACGAAUAAUUCCUUAUGGUCUUCGAGAAGCAGUACAUAAGUCACUGAAUGAUUUGUGUGCGAAAGGUAUAAUUGAACCAGUUCAGUCCUCAGCAUGGGGUACUCCUAUUGUUACGCCAUUGAAAUCGGAUGGCAAGACCCCUAGAAUAUGCGGUGAUUACAGAUUGACACUGAACUCCCGUUUGUUGAAGCAAACAUGCACGACGAUGGAGGCUGAAGAUAUUCUAAAUCGGCUUCAUGGUUCUAAAGUGUUCUCGAAAGUUGACUUGAAAGAUGCUUAUCUUCAAAUCCCUUUAGACCAAUCUUCAUCUAUCUUGACAACAAUUAACACUCCUUUUGGUCUGUUCAAAUACAACUUCCUUCCAUUUGGUCUUAGUUGUUCUCCAGCCAUAUUUCAAGAGGUCAUGAAUAAGAUAGUCAGCGAUAUUGAAGGUGUUGAAGUUUAUCAAGAUGAUCUCAUUGUUCAUGGUGCUGAUAAAGUAGUCCAUGACCAGAGACUUAUUGCUUUAUUGCGUCGUUUAAUUGAGAAGAAUAUUACAGUGAAUCCAAAUAAGUGUUCAUUUAGUGUAUCUAGUUUUGAAUGCCUUGGAUACCUAGUUGAUGGUAAUGGUUUUAGACCAGAUACGAAACGACUAGCUCCACUGACAAAUGCACCGUCUCCAAAAAACAUCACAGAAUUACGUUCACUAGUGGGUGCUCUUCAGUACUAUUCUCGUUUUAUUCCUAAUUUUUCUUGUCGUGCCAAUUGUUUAUUUAAUAUUUUGACAUCCAAUUCAUUCAAAUGGGGUGAAGAACAAGAGUCAUGCCUACGAAGUCUGCUAAAGUUUCUUCAAAGUGAUGCUGUCCUUCGAACUUACUCACCCAGUGUACAUUCUGUUCUUAUUACUGAUGCGUCACCUGUAGGUAUUGGUGCAGUUUUGGAACAGGAAGGUAGGCCAGUUAUAUGUGUUUCACGCAAACUUUCUGUUGCUGAACAAGGUUAUUCACAAACGCAGCGAGAAGCGUUAGCUGUGUUUUGGGCUGUUAAAAGACUUCAUAAAUAUUUAUUUGGAAAGAAGUUUACCAUUGUUACUGAUCAUGAAGCCUUAAAGUUCAUUUAUCAUCCUGACAAAUCCUUAGCACGUUCCUCAGCUGCUAUGGUUCAACGAUGGAGUAUUGCUUUGAGUGCUUAUGACUAUACGAUUCAGCACAGGAGUGCAAAACAAAUUCAACACGUUGACUACAUUUCUCGACAACCAUUACAAGAUAGACCUGUUAAUACUUCAGACUGCUUGUUAGUGCAACCUUUACCGGUGAGACGUCCAGAUCUCAUUAGAGAAACUCGUAGAUACUUUGGAUGUAUACUCAGUGCUAUACGGAAGGGUUGGAAUGCUAAUCUGAAACGUAGAUUUCCUGUCUAUUAUUCAAAGCGGGACGAGUUAUCUACUACUCCUGACGGUAUUUUGUGUUUAAAUGAUCGUGUUGUUAUUCCUCCUUCAUUACGCAAACCUGUCCUUGAUGAUCUUCAUAGUGGACAUCUUGGUGUUGAGAAAAUGAAAUCCUUAGCAAGACUCACAUGUUGGUGGCCAGAGAUAAAUGCAGAUAUAUGUCGUACAGCAAACAAUUGUGAGAAAUGUCAUAAGCUAAAAAGUCUGCCUUCGAAGUGGACUCCAUGGCCAGUAUCGUCUGAGGCCUGGCAGAGAAUUCAUGCAGACUACUGUGGUCCAUUUCUUGGCAAAUACUAUGCACUUGUAAUUAUUGAUUCUUUUUCUAAGUGGCCUGAAGUUUUUUUCACAACUUCACCGAAUUCUGACUUCACAAUUCAAGCAUUAAGGAAGGUGUUUAGUCGAGAAGGAGUUCCCAUGGUGUUGGUGACUGAUAAUGGCUCUCAUUUUGCUGCAGAUGCAGUCACUAAUUGGUUAAAUGGUAUAGGGUGCAGACAUCUGUUUACGGCUCCCAGGCACCCUUGUUCCAAUGGUCAGGCAGAAAAUUUCGUAAGAACAUUGAAAAUUGCUAUUGAUUCUAUUGCUGCUUCGACAUUCAAUGAACUGGAGAGGGGAGUAGAUACAUUUCUACUUCAAUAUAGAAAUGCUAAGCAUUCUGUGACGAAAGAGACUCCAUCAAAGCUAUUAAAAGGAAGAAUUCUCCGUUCGAAUAUGAGGUGUUUGGAGUCUGCAGAAGUUACGUAUUAUCGUGGUAAUGAUCUUCGACCAGCCACGGGGAUCGUGGUGAAGAAUGUUGGAAAAUCUAUGGUGCGAAUUCUGGAUAUCAAUGACUUGACCAUACAUAACCGACACGUUGAUCAAAUACAAUACCAGAAUCCAGGUGAGUCUGUUCCAAUUUCGGUUGUUAAUUCUAAUACUAAUGAGUGCAUUCUAGAUAAUACAGAGUCUACAUCCAAUACACCGUCGGACAGAUGUAAGAUGAACUUAAGAAGAGGACGAACAAUCGAUUACAGACACUUACACUCCAAUUCGAGCUGUGGCGGAUGUGAUGUUUAAAUAAAUCAAUGACUUCUUCGUAUUGAUGACUGUUGUAAUUUUGAAUUCCAAAUGCAAUACAUUCGUUCGGGCUCAUCUGAUACUUCUUGAUUAAAUUGGGUUAUUCCUGGGAUUACUAGUUCAUACUACAAUUCAAAUACUUCUAAUUAUCAUACUUCCUCAUCACCAUGUCUUUCAUCCCAAAAAGCCUAACAAGUUAAGAAUAGUUUUUGAUUGUGCAGCCCAGUAUGCUGGAACGUCUUUAAACAAGAAUCUUUAUUCUGGACCUGAUUUAGUCAAUAACCUAGUAGACGUAUUUACCAGGUUUCGGCAACGACCGAUAGGUCUUACGGCGGACAUUGAAGCCAUGUUCCAUCAAGUAGUAGUUCCGGAACACGAUCGAGAUGCUCUUAGGUAUUUGUGGUGGCCAGGUGGGGACUUAAGAAAGGAGCCAGAGGUCUAUAGAAUGAAAGUCCAUCUGUUCGGAGCAACCUCAUCGCCAUGUUGUGCCACGUUUGCCUUGCAGAAAACAAUUUCUGAUAAUUUAGAUAAAUUUCCCAGAGUUGUUACGCAAUUAGCUAAGGAACAGUUCUAUGUGGACGAUUUAUUGAUAAGUGUAGAAACUACAGAGGAAGCCAAACUAAUAUAUUCACACUUCAAAGAACUUCUGAGUUUGGGAGGAUUUAACUUAACUAAAUGGACUAGUAAUAAUAUUGAAGUGUUGGAGUUUAUUCCAGAGGAAGAUCGUAUUGAAGGAAACAUUACCGUUUGUGAGUCUAAUGAGACGAGUAAGCGAACGCUGGGAAUGGAGUGGAACGUCAGGACCGACGAAUUAUGUUUUAAAGUUCACGAGUUCCAUGGAAACCUAACCAGAAGAAACAUUUUGUCGUAUGUAGCAUCUAUCUUUGAUCCAGUUGGGUUUAUAGCCCCAAUAACACUGCCAGCCAAAGUGAUCCUACAAGAUACCUGUCGGCAGAAAUUAGAUUGGGACGCAGAGUUACCCAUGGAUUAUCAAGUGAAGUGGAAUAUUUGGUGUAAACACAUAAAAGAAUCGGACUAUUUAAAAAUACCAAGAUGUCUGAAACCAAGGUUUGAACCAUCAUCUGCUCUAAUUUAUUGUUUUGCCGAUGCUUCUGAGCUUGCGUAUGGUGUUGUUGCGUAUAUUCGUUAUGAAAGUGUCUCUGGCCAGAUUCAUUGCUCAUUUCUGUUAGCUAAGUCUAGAGUUGCUCCCCUAAAACUUGUUACUAUGCCUAGAAUGGAGUUAACAGCCUGUGUUCUGUGUGCUAAGAUUGGAAGGCAUGCAAGGGAACAGUUAAAUAUUCCUAUUUCAUCGGUCAUCUAUUGGACGUAUUCGUUAAUUGUGCUUCAUUGCAUACAAAAUACGACUAAACGAUUCGAAAGGUUUGUGAGUAACAGAUUAGCAACCAUACAUGAGUUGACCACGCCGAACCAAUGGAGAUACGUGAAAGGUAAAUUAAAUCCCGUUGAUCACUCGUCACGUGGACUAUCACUAAAUGAUAAAGCUAAGAUAAGGGAGUGGUUACAAGGGCCGGGAUUCCUGUGGGAGGAAGAAGAUAAAUGGCCUAACCUAGAAAGAGGCGAGAACACUUUGGCCCAUGUAAUAACAGAAGAUCUCGGAUCUCAAAAAUAUAACGACGAGUUUCUAAUCCGAUUUCGCACGUGUAAGUCAUGGUCCAGAUUAUUAAGGGUGUUUUCAUACUGCAGACGGUUAAUCAACAAUAUAUUAAACAAGAAGAAUGGGAAAUGUGUAAUCUCGGGCACACUAAGUGUUGAAGAUAUUGGUAAAUCGAAGAGCGACAUAAUUAAACUAGUCCAAAGUGCUGCAUUCCCGGUCGAAAAAAGAAUUCUAGACAGUUUACCAUUAACGCUCGAAGACAACACUUCUAAGCAGCAAAAAAGAAUAAACGAGACGGUCAAAAGAAAAAAUCUAAUUCGUCAAAGUUCGAUAAGGAAUCUCAACCCUUUUAUGUUGGAAGGUAAGAUCCGCGUGGGAGGACGUCUGCAAUUAUCGUGUUUACCCUUUGAAACCAAACAUCCGAUUAUUCUUCCUAAUAAUCACUUUAUCACAGAUAUGAUUAUAAUGCAUCAUCAUUUGAUUAACAUGCACGUCGGAGUUACUCAAACUUUAAGUGGUAUUCGUGAAGAGUAUUGGAUCGUUAGAGGAUACUCUGCCGUCCGGAAGGUCCUAAAACAAUGCUAUUUAUGUAAAAGACUUUACUCUAUGCCAUGCUCCCAAAUAAUGGCGCCGUUGCCAGAGUGCAGGCUAGAGACUCAUUCGCCUCCCUUCAGCCAAGUAGGUGUGGAUUACUUCGGGCCAUUCUAUACCAAACGGGGGAGAGCCGUUGAGAAACGCUACGGUUGUUUAUUCACUUGCUUAUCUAUGAGAGCCGCUCACAUUGAAAUGGCUUACUCUUUAGAUACGGAUUCAUUCUUAUGCGCAUUAUCAAGGUUUAUUGCUAGAAGAGGAUGCCCGAAGCGUAUUUUUAGUGAUAACGGUUCAAAUUUCCGAGGUGCAGAUGCUAGUUUGAGGCAGAUUAUACGCUCUUGGGACCAAAACAAAAUAGAGAAUCACCUCAGAGAACGAGAAUGUGAAUGGCGUUUCAACCCACCUAGAGCAAGUCACCGAGGCGGUGUAUGGGAACGUAUCAUAAGAUCUAUUAGAAGAAUUCUAACAGUGCUUUUAUUUCAAAACGUGUUGACAGAUGAGGCUUUACAAACAUUCUUAACUGAGGCAGAAAAAAUACUAAAUAACAGACCACUAGUUAAAGUGACGGAUGAUCCUGGUACUCUAGAGGCUCUUACACCGAAUAAAUUGUUGUUCAUUUAUAAAGGAUUGUCAUUUGACGAUGUUUCUGUGGAUAAAACUCUAUUAUACAAUAAAAGAUGGAAAGAAGCUCAAAGAUUAACUACCGCAUUUUGGUAUAGGUGGAUAAGAGAAUAUCUACUGACUCUUCAAACAAGAGAUAAAUGGUUAAACGUACGUAGAAAUCUACAACCCGGCGACCUAGUUCUCGUGGGUAACGUUGAAACUAGCAGAAGUCUAUGGCCUAAAGCCAUUGUCGAACAAGUAAGCUACGGCCCUGAUGGACGAGUUCGUACAGCAAGGUUGAGAACGGCAAACGAAGAAAUCGUUCGGGAUGUUCGGAGCCUAUGCCUAUUGGAAGAAGCCGGUUAUCUGACAGCAACGGCGACGACACAGGGCGAUCGACGUGGUGCGCGUUUCGGGGGGAGUGUAAAGUGAGAUCGAUAAGCGAACAUACCAAUGAUGAGUGAAACGCGCACCACCACACUAACUUCUUUGAUCUUGUAUUACUAUGUCUUUGUUUUAUCCACCAAUCACAAUUUAUGUUCAUUCUAAAACAAUAUUCGUUUUGUUGACUCAUUUUUCUUAUUCUCCAGUUACUGUUCGGUAUGUCAUUUAUGUCUCUCCUUUUCCAUAUGUAAUAGACUGUAUUUUUAUUUGCGUACUAACGUUGUUGAUUUAAGUUUUAGAAACAGAUAAAGUUUAUUAAGCC